AUGGGCCCGUCCGAUCUGGCGAGGUUUCAGCAACUCCGACAUGGUGUGCCUCGAGGCGAUCUCGUUGCUUCCUCGGCAAGCCGUACCCAUGAUCUUAAGUCUAAUUGGGCAUUUCUGCGGCUCUUCGCGAAAGUUUUGGCCAUGUUCACGCAAUCGCGUCCUGGCAUCACGAGCCACAUAGGCAAAAGCGACGUCCAGUCCGGGUUUUUUGAUAUCAUCUCUGCCAAGGUCGACGUUCUCUUUGCUCUGGAUGACACGAUGCCCGUGACAGCUGGCGUGAGGAACGACGCAAAGCCCGCUUCAGACGGCGUUGUUGAGCAGCAUCUCGUAGCGAACCGCGAUGUGCUAUGA